ACAAAGGGUAAUGAAACCAAUCGGUAAAUGAUUAACACAUACUUCUAUUUAUCUUAUUGCAAAAUACAGCUGAAGCAAAGCAAACCCAAACUGUCAGACAGAUGCACUGAGGUGGAGUUUAGUUUUUCUAACUGCAGCAAAAAGAUUAUUUACAAAUUAUGCAAUUACUGGAAAUUCCACCUUAUGCAACUCUGUCAGAUCGCAUAAAAGCUGAGCAGCUCAUAGCAUCAGUCACUGUAACUUGAAUUCAGCCAAGCGCCAUCAUGAACCUGUGGCUCAGCUGUAGUAUCCUGUCGGUGGCCCUGUUUCUGAGCAGCUCAGCUCCGACCCCCGAAGAGUGCCAACCGCUGGUCACACCCUUGUUGAUAACCGACAGCUUGAUGGGCAAAAAAUUUAACUUCUACGCAGGCUUUACUGAUCAAGAAAUUUAUCGAGAUGUCCUGAAGAUAACUGACAGCUCCUGGAUAACAUUUACUGAGUCACCAUCCAACAAAAGUGAAGUCAUUAUGUCCCAGGAGAAUAGACUAAAUGGAACCUGCUUUGGUUCCAAGGCCAAAAUUGACAUGACCGGAGAAAUGAUUGAAACCAGACAGAUCAACAGUACAAUGACAAACAACAAAGACAUGUUGAAUUUCAUUAAACUCGACAGAGUGUCUGUACCAGAUGAGAUCCAAGCUCGUGCUGUUUAUCUUUUCAGCACAGAACUGACUGUGAAAGACUCAGACUUGGAGCAUUUCAAGAAGCAGGCGAGCUGCUUCGACUUCUCUGGGGAGCUACAUUACCUUUUCAAUCCUGAGAAAACUUUCUGUAAAGAAGGUGAAGGGAUCAAGCUGCCGUACUCCCAAUAGAGGAAUGUUGGGUGUAUGAUAGGGGAAUCCUUCCAACUGAGUGGCGCUGUGACCAAAUUCAUCUCUCAAGUACCUGCCCUUCAUUUUAAUGGAAAAAACGCCAAGAAUUUGAGACUGUGUGGCCCCACAUCUGCAGUCAACUAAACAAUAAAGAUGUUCUGAAACCAUA